GAGAGAGAAAGAGAGGGAGAGAGCUAGAAGCCCGUAAGACACAGAAGAGGAGAGAGAGACAGAGAGAGGAGAGAUCGACAAACAACGCGGACGAUGCGAUUGGGGGAAUCGCCGAGGCGACCAACGGCGACGGCUGUCUGAUUGCGGCGGUGGGUGGCCGAAUAACAACCGACGCUGAACAAAGGGCGCGGCGGCGCGGUUUGCUUGCUUGCCUGUGUAGUUGCCCGCCCAAUGAAGAGGAAGCAAGGGGAUCGUCGGCAACAUAUAGGCGUGUCGAUUAGAUGAAUGGGCGGCCUGCGACUGCAGAUGAGUUGGCAGCAGAGUUUGUUGAGUCAGGAACGGAAGAAUGGACCGCCAUUAGGGCUGAGGAACCUCGGGAACACUUGCUACCUCAACAGUGUCCUCCAGUGCCUCACUUAUACUCCACCUCUCGCCAAUUUCUGCCUCCGGUUACAGCACUCCUCUCACUGUGAUUCAGGUUCCAACGGGUUGCUUAAGCGGGAAUGCCCCUUUUGUAUACUUGAGAAAAGGAUAGCCCAGUCUCUAAGCUCGGGCGUCAACCUUGAUGCCCCGCUCAAGAUACUGAGCUGCCUCCGGAUUUACGCGGAGCAUUUUCGACGUGGUCGACAGGAGGAUGCCCACGAAUUCUUGCGAUAUGUCAUCGAUGCAUGCCACAACACUUGUUUGCGUCUUAAGAAACUGACGCGAAAGGGCAUCGACCCUGCUGGCGGCAGUACUGUUGUCAAGGAUAUAUUCGGGGGUGCCCUGCAGAGCCAAGUGAAGUGCUUGUCUUGUCAUUCUGAAUCGAAUAAGGUUGAUGAGAUUAUGGACAUUAGUCUCGACAUUUUGCACAGUGGUUCGCUUUUAGAGGCCAUGCAAAAGUUUUUCCAGUCAGAGAUUCUGGAUGGCAACAACAAGUACAGAUGUGAGAGUUGUAAGAAAUUGGUGGCGGCAAGGAAGCAAAUGUCAAUAAGUCAAGCACCAAAUGUCCUUGUUAUCCAACUCAAGGUAUGUGUUUAUGUUUUGGUCUUGAUUUCACCAGUAACUCUGGUGAUGCUUUGCUAUUAUUUUUGGAGGAGAGAGACUCAUAGUUUGAUGGUGGGUUUCCAGAGAUUUGAGGGCAUAUUUGGCGGGAAGAUCGAUAGGACAAUAGCAUUUGAAGAAGUUUUGGUACUUUCUAGCUUCAUGUGCAAAUCAAGCCAGGAUCCCCAUCCAGAAUAUAGCCUCUUUGGUACAAUAGUGCAUUCAGGAUUCUCUCCCGAGUCUGGACACUACUAUGCUUAUAUCAAGGAUGCGAUGGGCCGGUGGUAUUGCUGCAAUGACUCUUUUGUCACUUCGUCAAACUUAGAGGAGGUCUUGUCAGAGAAAGUAUAUGUUCUUUUCUUCUCUCGAACUAAUCCAAAGCCAGUAUCUAUUAAAAAGCCUCCUUUUGCUCCUAAUGGUGUCCAUUCAUGUCACCAGAAUGGCAGUGAAACCUCUAAAGGUUUUAAGGCGACUCUUCCCCCUAAACCAGUGUAUUCAAAGCCUCCUCUUGUUUCUGGCAAGGAUGUUUCAGCUAGAUCUAAGGUUGACAAAGUCACUUCUGGUACACCAAUAAAGUUCAAUAUUACAGGCAGCUCUGUCUCUAAGAUGGUUCCUCAAAUUACUAAUGGGAGGGUUGAGGUUCAUGUUAAAGCAAAUGGGACAGCUAAUGGUACUUCAGAAGGCAAGCUUCAAUUGGGGAGACAUAGCAAAGAACCAAAGACAUCAGUGUUAGAGAAUGGUUCCGGACAUGUUGCAAAAGAUAAUGCUGCCAAUGGUGAGCCGUACCAUCCACAUACAAUUCCAAGUGCAAAUAAAAGCUCUGAAAAUGGUGCUGUGAGUUCUGUGAAGCCGCUUCCCUGCAAGAGCAAUGGCUCAAUACACAAGGAAACAGUGGAGUCAAGACCUGCUCACCAUGACACAGCAAAUGGUGCCUCAGCAGCCCAGGUUGUUUCCAGGUCCAAGAGAAAACUGAAUGAGUCAUGUAUUUUGUUUGCUCUAGAUGCUCAAUCAAGAGCCAAGGUUGAUGACCUGAAGGAACUACUGAAGCAAGAAGCAUCUGCAUUUUUACGAUCAUCUGAUUGGUCCAAUGAGGUAUACAGUCACAUGUCUUCAAAGAAGAGGUUAUGUGCACAAGAUGCAGGAACCACCUCUAGUUCACACGACUUGAAGGGCAUGUUGAUCACGGAUGCUAAGCGGAUGUUCAUUGCCAAGAUCCCUACAACACUGAGAGGGAAUCUAGUCAAACGACUCCAAUCAUUAAGCCAAGAGAAAUGAUGCUAAUUGUCCUGCUUCGACUGGUAUAGUAUCUCAAUGGGCGGAGGGAGAAUGAGGGAGGUGUGUUUGUAUACUCUGUAUCUGUUAAUGUAGCAGCAAAAUAGAGGAGGGUUUGGUCGAGAAGGUGGGAUUCUUUCAGCCAUCACAGCAAGUCUAAAGUCUUCUUCCCCAGUUCCUUGUGUCACGGUGAGGGAGUAGUUGUAUGGGAGAGGCUGUAAAUUUGGGAAUUUUGAAAUCGUUUUUGGCGGAAGGGGUGAGAGAGGGAAUCUUGUUGUAUAAACCGUACGUUUGGGAGGGGGCGGGGAAACGUUUUUGACGGGAAGUUAAUGAGAUGAAUCAUGAAUGUGUACACAAACAACAAACAUAACAAACGAACAGACACACAGAUUAUUAUUGUUAUACGCUUUCUAGAGAGCUCCAUGUGGUGGCCUUAGCCAAAGCAAAUGAAAGAUUGAUGAAUGGCAGCUCUGCUAUGUUGCUUGUC